AUGCCCAGGCUUCCCACAAUUAAAGCACGUGCUCUUCCCACCGCCACCUCCGCCACCACCACUGUUACCACCGCCAUACCUCCCUCCGUCAAUGCCGCAAUCCCUAGCCAAAUGACCAACCUCCCCACAUCGAAAGCAACCGCCACCGCUGCUGCCACCACCAACAACAACGCUCUUCGCGGUGGCGCAAUCCCUCGCCAUGUGCCCAAAUCCGCCACACCUAAAGCAAGAGCCGUUUGCACCGCCACCGCCUCCACCACCACCGUUGCCUCCGCGCCCGCAAUCCCUCGCGAGGUGACCGAACCCUCCGCAAACAAAGCACCCCCCGCCGCCUCCGCCGCCGGAAUUGCUGCUCCGGUUGCAGUCCCUAGCGAGGUGGCCAAAUUCGCCGCACUGGUAACACGUGGCGCCGCCCGCGCCCGCGCCAUUGCGCCGGGCACCGAAGCCAUAGCCAGAGCCACGGUUGCCGGAGGCGGCGCGGGGCUGAAGAGGAGCGCCAUCGAUACCAGUUACGUCAACGGCCUUGGUCUUGUCGUUGUCGCCAGUGGUGAUGGCGAACUCAACGCGAUCACCCUCCAGGAGAGUGCGGUAGCCGUCGGAUCUGAUGGAGGACUGGUGGACGAAGAGAUCCUCACCGCCGUCAUCGGGCUUGAUGAAGCCGAAGCCCUUACCAUUGUUGAACCACUGGACAACGCCCGUGAAUCGUUCUUCCGCCAUGAAAUCGAUUUGAUUUGA